CUUGAACUGGAAGAAAUGAAGAGUCAUAACCAGAAGAUGAAACAAGUUGUCCAGCAGAAAGAGGAAAAGAUCAGAGCAAUGGAAGAAAAGAUGGAUGCAUAUAGCGAAGCAAGUCGACAAUGCGAAAGGCUGGCGCAGAAAUUGAGCGACCACGAAGCACGCUCAACAUUGUUGACUAGCAGGAUCACCGAAUUGGAAGAGCAUGAACGGAACAAUAAGAGGCUGAAACUAAUGGUAGCACAGAAGGAUGAUAGAAUUAAACAUUUGGAACAAAGUCAUCAAGAUGUGCAGAUGAAGUGUACGAAUCUGGAGAACGAGGUUUCCAAGGCGCACAGCAAAUAUGAAGAAAAAGUCAAACGCAGUCUGGAAGAUGUGGACACGCACAAAAUACGUCGUAUCGAAAGUGUUCGCCGUCGAGAGGAGCAAAUUAAAUCGUUGGAGAAAUCUCGAACAAAAUUGGAAACUGUGUUGCACGCUCAAGAAGGACAUAUUCAGUCUCUUCAGGAUCGGUUAGAAGGUUCGGUAAGCGAAAGGAACAAACUGCAAGCAAGCAUUGGCCAAAAGGAAACGAUCAUUAAUCAACUUCAAACGAGAGUCCUAGAACUCGACGAAUCUACAAGCGAGACGAAGAAGCUGAACGAGUCGGUUAAGAAAAAAGACGAGGCGAUAAAACGAUUUGAAGAUAGAGUUCGAGAGGUUGAAUUAGUGUUAUCAAGAACUAAAACAUCGAAUCGAGAGAAGGAUGAAAAGUUGGAGGCGCUUCAAAAGAGGAUUGAUGAAUGCGAGGAACAAAACAAAAAACAGGAUGGAAAAUUAAAGAAGAGAGACACGGCUUUGCAGAAAGCCGAACGAGAUUUGGAAAAAGUUGACAACAGGAAAAGAGAAUUGGAAAACUCGUUAGAAAGGAAGUCGAAGAAUUUGGAGGAACGAAAUUCCAGGAUAUUAGAACUGGAAGCUUGUUUGGACGAAAUUCAUCAUGUGAAAAGCAAUUUGACUUUUAAACAUAGCCAAGAGUCUUUGCUGCUGAGUCCCAGGACCACGACGUCAUCCUUAAACGACGCCAGCAAAAUUGAGACACUCAAACAAAAAUUGUGGGACGCUGAGGCAAAAGUCGAAGAGACUGAAAACGAGAAAGGAAAACUACAGCAUCAAAUUAAAAGAAAGGAAUCACAAAUCCAAGAUUUGGAACAGCGAUUACAGGAAACGUCUGAUGCUCUUGAAGAAAACGAACGUUUGAAACAAAACAUUAAACAUAAAGAGGAAAGAGUGAGAAUCUUGCAAGUCAGUCUUGAUCAAAACCAGCAGGAAAUUAACUCACUUGAAAGUCGCCUGGAAAGUACGACUUCUGAAGUGUAUAAGUUACGAAAGGUUGACGAGGAAAAGCGAAAACGUAUCAAUAGUUUUAAAAUGAAGUUGGAGGAAGCUGGUGAUACAACACAAAAAGAUGAGAGAAUCCUGUCUUUGGAGGAAAAAAAUAUUGAAUUAGAACGAGAAAGGAAUGAUUUAAAAGAGAGUUUAUCAUCGCUUGAAGCUGAGUUUGAAAGAGUUCGCGAGAGGAAAGCAUCAGGUGAAACAGUUAUAAUUGGUUCUUCACCAAGACACAGACCAGACGUUGCCUGUGUAACAGCAGAGAAUGCUGGAAAUCUUGAAACAAAAUAUGACGAACUCGAGAAAGAGUGUGAAAAACUGCGGCUUAGUAAAGAACGAACCGAAGCAAGAUAUUCGUCGUUAAAGGAAGAAAACAAGUCUUUAUCAAAGGACCUGGAGACAGUACAAUCAGAUUAUGAUCAGUUGCUGAACGAUAUCAAUGAAUUGAAGGAAAGUUAUACUGAACUGGACUUAUCAUCUGCCAAGUCUCUACAUCGCUGUGAGAUGCUGACUCAAAUGAACAGUACUUUGGAAGAAGAAAACAAAAUGUUGAUGGAGCAAUUGAAUAAACUUCUCACGCAGAAUCAAGAAUUACUGACCGAGUCCUUGGUAAGCCGUGAUCAAUUUUUGGAAGAGGAAAGAACAUUUUCUGAUCGUUUGUACGAACUUCAAAGGCAAAAGGAAAAGUUGGAGGAAAAGAUUGAGCAAGCAAACAGAAGUCUUGCUGAGAAUACUCCGAAGAAGAAAAGCAAUCUGUUUAAGAAGGUAUUACAAAAAGCUGGUUUGAAAAAGAAAAAAGAUGACGGGUUGAAAAAUAAAUCCUCUGUUCAGCUUAUCAAGUAUGACCAGAGUCCUAAUGCAAGUGCUGAAGGGUCACCUGACAUGUCAGUAGACGGUCACUUCACGAUGUCACCCGAGAAGGCAAGUGACUCGUCAAACUUCAGCGAGAGUUUGAACUCGGACCUUUCCCCCGAACACGACCUCUCGCCUUUGGCUCGGAGACGAGCCCGCAUUAACCGAGCAAAUCGUCAGCGGAUUGUACGGUCAGAGUACUUCACGCCAGCGAUGGCAAACAGCCUCGCUAUCCAAGGACGAAGCCGGAGCAUGGACGCUAAGGAGUUCAUUCGUGAUGUGGUAAAUGCGCAGGGAUCUGAGGCGAGUCCCGUGCAGGUGUCGUCCAGUAACUCAAUGACGCUUUUAAACGAGCCAUCGCUAAAUGAUUCGGAAGGUCUGGGGCGAGAAGAGAAACCCAGCCAAGAUGUUAGUAGAACGCUUAGUUUUUCUCAAGCAAAUGAUGAGGGUGGUCAGUGGCACUCGCCGGCUCAUGCAAGAAGGAAAAGUUCUGAAAGUCGAGGAAAGAAACCUCCAGAGUACAAACCCGUUGAAGUAAAUGGUGAAAAUUCUGCUCGUGUUAGAACGGAAAUUGUCAGUAAUAAAGUGGAAAUUACUCCGAAGUCUCUUCCUCUCGGGAGAAAGGAAAGUGGUAGUGGUAAACUGGAAACACGUUAUCGAAAAACCUCCGAAAAUUCUCCUCGGGUUUGGAGAAGAAGUAUUGGUAACAAGGUGGAAGUGUCUGAGCUGCCCGCAUUGGAAGCUCGCGUAUCAAGAUCGUCAAACUACGACGAUAGCUCGGGUGGUUCACGAAAGAUCUCCGAAUCCAGUCGGAAGAGCUCGGACGUGAGUUCGCUGCAUUCUCGGACGUCAAGUAUCACGGAAAGUGAAUCGUCUAAGAUCAUUGUCCGCCAUGUUGGUUCAACCGCUGGCAUGAGUGGUCCAGAGCGAGUUGAGAACAGACAUCAUGUCAAUAGUGGCGUUGAAAAAAAUGCCAGCUUCAUUGGUGAUUUGCAGAGACCGUCAUCAGGAAGCUCAGACAACAGUGGUGGGAACGAGAUACCAAAACGUUUAUCCAGGCAACUAAGCACUCCUCCUCUUCCAUUACCCGGUUCACGUCCAUCUGCCUCACAGAACACACCUACCAAUGACCCUCCACCGUUUGCAGAACGAGCUAAAGAAAAACCGCAAACGAGACGCUCCAAUUCCUUUGCGGAAAGACCGCAAUCCCCAUCUCAAGGUAGAAGCCACGUUCAGCGUCAAAAUUCCGAUCGGGUUUUGGUCAGUUCACUUGAAAUAGAUCGUAGAAACUCAACUCAUGCCACGCCCAUCACAUCCUUCGCGGGCGAUAGGCAUCGGCGCCCGCAGUCUGUUGGUCAGCGUCCCGACUCGGUCCAAAACACGGGUCAGAGUAUCGGUAUAGUAUCCUUCAAAGAAGUCCCUGGCGUGCAGUCUGCCGUGUUGGAGUCGAGCCCUCGGAUCGAGAGAAAGGAACGCAAUCUUAAUCCAGACGAGAAAAGGACAGCGCAGACUGGAAACGAGCCAAAAUUGAAGGAAACCGCAAAUAGGGGACCGCAGACGCCAAAAUCUCUAAGGCGAACUGCUAAGGUUGAAAAUCUUGCGCCGAAAAAUGAUAAAGACACGGAGAAGUCUGCGCUUUGGUACGAGUAUGGCCAGGUUUAAAGCAUUGUUGGUUUGAAUUUUAAAUGUACUAAUUUAUAUGAUAAUUUAUUUCCUUUUAUAUGUGUAUACAUACAUACAUGCAAUGUAAAUAUUAACACGAAAACUUCCUAACAAGCUGUCUCAGUCUGACGAAAACGGAAUGAAAACCCACACACCGAAAAAGUUGCUAUUACAAAAAAAAUUGUGUUGUAUGUGUAGGAUUACAGUUCAUCACAAUAGAAAUUAGUGAGCUUUAAGCAAGUGACGUUUUUGACAACAAAAGGACUGGGUCUAGGAUUGUGAUUGGUGAAAAACAAAAACUUUACUUCCGUCCAAAACGUCACUUGCUUUAGCUUACUCUUGUUUGCUAAGUUCGAUUCCAUUUUCGUCACGGGGACAUUGUGGGAAAAAUAUUUUACAGAGAAACAUAAUAUUAAAUUUCAUUAUUGAUGGGCCUAUACUCUUCAUAAA